CGAGCUUCCACACUAUGCACCUGUCGACAGACCACCGGCACCGCGUCGGCUUCAGCUUUGACGACAUCGAGGCGGCCAAGGCGUUCCAGGCGCAGCUGGAGACGCUGUGCGCCGAUCCGGCCAACAUCAGCCUGUCGGGGCCGGCGCAGAAGAAGCGCAGGAAGAAGAAGGUGGAGCGCUACGUGCGACCGCGCAAGGAGGACAUCUCGCAGCCGUGCUGCUUCCAGCACGUGACGAGCGUGGGCGCCUCGGACAUGGACCGUUUCUACACGCUGCAGAGUCUCGUGGGCGGCAAGCUGACGUGAGGGCGCUGGGCCGCUCGGUGCCAUAGUGACCGCUGACGGGUCGCGGGUCACGGGUCACGACGCCGGACGCGUGGGCCGGGCGGCGCGCCGCGGGCGGUGUUGUGAUGCACCCGGUGUUUUCGUCGCUCAGGCGGGGGGCGUGUUUUAGAGGCGGCACGCGCGUGAGAUGUGUUUGCCACCGGCGCUGCGUUCGAGUGUGAUCUGUGAAAGCCGUGAAAGCCGCCGGACUGACGCAGCCCGCAAGGUGCUGAGCGGUUUCGACACGGGAGACCUCUGUCGACCGGUGUGAGUGGCCGAGCCGCGCCGACUCACGCCGGCCCGAGAAACAGGCAGCGACAUUCGAGAGCGAUGUGGCUAGUUCUGUGCUCAUGUGGAGAUCUGCUCUGUUUCACAUAGAUCGACGACGAUGUGUUUUGCAGCAUGUUAAUGCACCGAGUGCGCGAUGCAACGAAUAUGUGAAAUGUGAACUAGUCAGACAAAGCUGUUCUGUUUGGCGAACAGUGUCGGCCACAGCUGGGCAGAAUGUGGCUACCUAAGCGAUGUAAAUAAGUUCCGGACUGGGACAAAAUCUGGCCGAUGCGAACAUUUUAGCUAAAUAUCUUGAACUGCUUCAAUACGGCAGGUGUUGUCAUCAUGUUCCCAUACUUAAGACAACCCCGAGCUCCCGUAAAUUCGUCAUAGGAUGGUAGGUACCCAUUGUGUUAUUUAUGCUGAAAGCAGUCUGACGUGUAUCUGUGAUUUGGAGUGUUUUAUGCGUCCGCUUAGCCCAAGUGACUUAUUGUCGUUUUUGUCGUAGGCUGCGACGCCGACCGAGUUAUUCGAGUCUAAUUUAUGCUGCUUUCCGUACGUGUGGCCAUUUAUCGCGAUGUCUCAAGCUGAAUACACGCAGGAUGUGUAAUUUAUGGGGGACAAUAUCCGAGGUCCGCCUCAGCCCCGUUACCCUCGGAGGGAGGCGACCGUAUCUGCGUCUCUUUUGUGAUCAAAUGAGCCGCCGCAAGAGGCUUUCUCCGAGAUAAGGUUACCGCUUCCGGGCUGUUGUUCAUCGCUUUGCAUGCGACCUGUGUGUCCCGAAAUGUGAGUCAUGCGCAGUGUGUUGACCAGUGUCACAGUGUCAACCGCCGUAGUGUCCACACGCACAGUGUCCAACGCCGUAGUGUCCACACGCACAGUGUACACUGCCGUAGUGUCCACACGCACAGUGUCCACCGCCGUAGUGUGCACUGGCACAGAGUCCAACGCCGUAGCGUCCACGUGCACAGUGUUCACCACUGCAGUGUCCACAACGCACUGCCCAAGGCCAUAGCGUCCACAUGCACAGUGUCCACUGCCGUAGUGUUCACACACGCAGUGUCCACCACCGGAAUGUCUACAGGCACCGUGUCCUCUUCUGCAGUGUGGCCCCAUGUGCCCAAUGCAGCGUUUCUCCGAUCACGGGGUAAUCGGCGUGACCAGCGGCCGCGAAGCGUUUCCUUUCAUUGGCUCCACCAACGCGCUACUAGCGAUCCUUUAUAGGCCUUCUUCGACUAUCAGGCAGCGCCAAAGGAGCGCCGGGGAGAACGAGAGAGAGCUGAACUUCGGCCAUUGAAGAGGACGCUUGACAAGGGAAAGGAUUGAUGCCAUGAUCCGGGAUUAUUUCGGCACUGCGAUGUGCCGUCAUUUCCCUCUUAAACUCCGAAACGUUCCAUGAAACGCGAUAAGCUUCCCUCAGCAGGCUUAAAACUUCGCAAGCGCUCGAAGAUCGCGUCUCGCAACGUGCAGCUCAACGGCCCACCGUAUGGUGCCUCAUGAGUAGCACCAGUAUGUCCGUGGUAGAAGCUGGAAGCACGCCGCGUGGCUACGUCUCGGGCUAGACUGCUGAAUCGCACGCAUAGGUCUAAAGCGAUUUCAAUG